AUGGAAAGAUUACAACGAUUAUUAGGACAAACAGGAGGAUUUGGUGGCGCUGGAGGAGCUCCAGCUGAUGGACCAGCUGUUGACAAUGCAGAAACGGUAUACAUAUCAUCAUUAGCUCUUUUAAAGAUGUUAAAGCAUGGAAGAGCAGGAGUUCCUAUGGAAGUUAUGGGAUUAAUGUUAGGAGAAUAUGUUGAUGAAUUCACCAUUCAAGUAAUUGAUGUGUUCGCCAUGCCUCAAUCAGGUACUGGGGUGUCGGUUGAAGCCGUUGAUGAUGUGUUCCAAACAAAAAUGAUGGAUAUGUUAAGACAAACAGGAAGAGAUCAAAUGGUUGUUGGAUGGUACCAUUCUCAUCCAGGGUUUGGAUGUUGGUUAUCAUCAGUUGAUGUCAACACCCAACAAUCAUUCGAACAAUUGAAUAAAAGAGCAGUAGCUGUAGUUAUAGAUCCAAUUCAAUCAGUCAAAGGUAAAGUAGUCAUUGAUGCCUUCAGAACUAUCGAUACCACUACAUUAAUGAUGGGACAAGAACCAAGACAAACCACUUCUAAUGUGGGACAUUUAAAUAAACCUUCAAUUCAAGCAUUAAUUCAUGGAUUAAACCGUCAUUAUUACUCAUUAAACAUUGAUUACCACAAGACUUCUAAUGAAACCAACAUGUUGUUGAACUUACACAAAAACAACUGGCAAAGUGGAUUGAAGAUGGAUAAUUUCGAAACCUGUGAACACAAUAACUUACAGAAUGUUGAGAAAAUGGUCAAAACAGCUGAGUUGUAUAAUAAGAGAGUUCAAGAAGAGAAAGAGUUACUGGAAGAUCAAUUAAAGACCAGAUAUGUGGGUAAACAAGAUCCUAAAAAACAUUUAAGUGAUACAGCGGAAAAGGCCAUUGAAGAUAACGUGACUUCUUUGGUGACCACCAAUGUAAAUAGUUUAGCUAUUCAAUGA